GUGGUCAUGGUGAGGCGUGUCCUUGGGAAUCGCAGGAUAUUCCCGUUAUUUCUUAUACUAACACGUCCAAAGAUUCCCAGACCCAACUGUCUUUGACACGUCCAGCAGAUGUAUGUCCCUGGGAGACUGCAGAAAGUCCCCAACCUUCAAUACGGCAAGACAAUGAACAUAUCAAUGUUUGUCCAUGGGUUGUUCAGGACAAAGCUGAAGUUGUAUAUGAAAACAUAAGUCCUUUGCAGCCCAAGAAAGGGCUGUUGGUGCCCCUUAAACAAGAAGUUAUGAAAGCUUCCAUCCAUCCCGGUGCAUCAAAAGAAAGUUUAAGUAAUGAGAAGCAACCCAAUGCUAAAUCACCUGCCCUGCAUUUGGGUAAGCAAGUGACCAAGGCAGCAGAAAGUUGUCCAUGGGAUUUCCCUGAUCCACCAAAAAACUUAGGAGACAUUUGUCCAUGGGAAGAGGAGAACAUCGAGCCAACAAAUACAGGCUCAACAACACAAAUUAAGAUAGAUAUUUGUCCCUGGGAGGCUGGACAUCAAGACGAACCACAAGACUUACAAAAAGGUAUCUCGCCUUUGAGACUUGCUUCCGUACAGACUGACAGGAAAGACGACACAAAAGUAAACAUAUGUCCCUGGGAUACUGACCUCCCUGAGACAAAUGCAGCAACCAAGAUUGUGUUAAAAGGACCGGAAAAGCUGGCAGAUGUUUGUCCAUGGGAAAGUGGCAAACCAGAAUCUGAAAAGCCUCAGACCCCCAAAACAUCAGAGAGUCAUGUAAAGCAAGACACAGCUCGCACAAGUGUUUGUCCAUGGGAUACAGAGGAAGCAGGGGUCGUCAAAACUGAAGUAUCAAAAAUAUCAGAGAAGCUACAAGGACAAGGAAAUUCCAGAGAAGUGUGUCUAUGUGACACAGAAGCCCCAAAGGUUCUCAAAAAGCAAGAUAGCGUACGGGCAGAUGUUUGUCCAUGGGAGACAGACGAGCCAAAGGUUCUCCAAAAGCAAGAUAGCGUACGGGCAGAUGUUUGUCCAUGGGAGACAGACGAGCCAAAGGUUCUCCAAAAGCAAGAAAGCGUACGGGCAGAUGUUUGUCCAUGGGAGACAGACGAGCCAAAGGUUCUCCAAAAGCAAGAUAGCGUACGGGCAGAUGUUUGUCCAUGGGAAGCUGAGGAACCAGAAGUUGUAAAAAAGCAAGACAGCUCUGAAGCAUACAUUUGUCCCUGGGAAUCCCAGGAUCCACAAACCUCAACCGAAAUCAAAGUCGAUAUUCCCAACAGUGCCCAAGAUGAGGUCACAGAGACCCAGGGGUCAUUCAGUGUAGAAGACACUUCAGCAGAUAAUGGCAGAGAGCAGAUAGAUGAGUCUAGAGAAAACUUAGCCCUGGGCCGGCGUGAUGCUUUGUGUCCCUGGGAGAUGGAAAGGAGCAGAUCUAGUUCAUUCACAGACAAUGCCUCCGACAUCUUUACAUGGGAGCCUGAGAAUAUUCCUGAAGAAGAUGAAGAGGACGAUGAUGCAGAAUGUGCUGCGGAGGCUUUUGUAUUCCCACCUGACUUGUGAUCUAAAUCUAGACAGCAUUUGCUUUCACUUUUGACCCCUCCGACUAAAUCAAAGGGAUGGUGAACUCGAUAAAACCAUUUUGGUGGUACUCUGUUGAUGGUCAAGGGCGUAUUUGAAGUUCCACGGGGAGGUCAGAGUGCAGGGUCAUCUCACAAACAGCUCCCCUUCAGCUGCCAGAGCUGAAAAAAGCUUGGACAAUUACUUGGGCUAAUCAAAGACAGAACUUAGGGCUGUUAUUUCAAGUUGGACUAUCCAUUUGUGCCAGAUACUCAAUGAGCUGGACACAAUAAGUUGUGCAAACCUGACUGAAAAAAAAAAGGUUUUCUUUUAGCCGAAGCACAUAAUGCAUUAUAUCCCUCAUUAAACCAGCAAUGAACUACAAACAUUUCUUGGCUGAUGGAAGGGGAUCUAAGGUGUUUAGAUGAAGUCCCUUUUCUUCCUGCUUCUACCCUCCAUUUUAAAUUUAAAUGUUUUUGUGUCUUUGUAUGUUUUUAGGUGACAAUACGCAUAUUUCCCAUGUACCCAUGGCUAGGGUGAAUAUGUUACAAAACCUAAAGUCCACAGUGCUCGCAAUCACAAAUACAGCACAACAGAUGUGACACUAAGCUUAACCAUCAUCCGCCAGAUAAAUCAGUCCAAUUUUGUUCUUUUGUGGAAGUUAUAUUUUCAAAAGUACAAAUAAGUGUUAAGUGUAAAGCAGUCCGCCAGGACUACAAAGGAUGUCAAAUUACAUUUCUUUAAGUAUUAAUGAUUGAAAAAAAACUAUGCAUUCCUGUUUGCUUAAGUGACUAAACGGCAAUGAUCAUUACUACUUUUGAUUCAGUCAGAAUAAUGGGAAAAACAACAUUCACCACUUUAAGAAAACAUGAUUAAAACAAAUGCAUAAAUUACCAUAAUCUCAAGACUUACACCCUUAACUAAAAAGAAAUACAGCUCUUACAGUGGAGUGAAAACUGCAUAAUCAUUUUAUAUGAGCAUUGAGAAAGUCAUGUCAAUAUUUUAUUAUGCACUGGACAUCAGUUUCUCUAAGAUGGAACAAUGAGUUUAACAUUGUGUGAAAAAUACAUGCUUUUAAAUGUUUGGUAAUUGCAAAAAUCUAUUGUGUGAAAAACACAUGCUUUUAAAUGUUUGGUAAUUGCAAAAAUCUAAUCAAAUUGUAUAGGACACUGACCUGCUUCCAUCUCUGAAAUUAACCAAAUGUUUCAAUAAUG